AUGAUGGCUGUUGGCGAGGCACCCGAGCCUGUUGUUGCUGUUUCUACAAAGCCGCAAGUACCAACGGGCGACGAUGAAGACGCCACGAAAAGCAGGAAACGCAUGGCCUCCGUCCUCGGAAACGUACCGCUUGGCACUACGACCAACCUUACCGCUAGUAAGCAGACUGGCGGUGACGCCAUGUUGACCCAGGGAAAGGAUGGUGCGGAUCGCGUGAGGGUUGAUCGCGCUGGACGGAGUUUGGACGAUCGUAAACGGAUGGACGACUACAUCCACCAGCGACUGGGAUUUUUUCGACCGUUGCUUCUUCAGGAGGACUUCGUGGAAAAACUGCGAUUCGAGCUGCAGCUGCGCCUCCGAGCAACCCCCCACGAUGGCGUGCUUUCGUCGGCCAAGGUCCGCCUUUGUGGGUCCUGGGCAGCAAAAUUAGCAACCCGUGCUAGCGAUGUCAACUUCACCGUCCUCCUUCAGCCGAGCAGUUUUUUCGACAUGAUCGAUGCGAAGAAACAAGAAGCGCAACUAAAGGUAGACCAUCCGGAGCUCCGGCCGAUUCUGACAGAAAUUCACGUGUUGCACAACAGGUGGCAAGCUCGGUGCGAUGACAUUGGGCGCCUAGAAAAGGCCAGAGAUGAGGCCGCUCGCGAUGUGAAGCGCGACGGAGUCAAGUUCAAGUUUCCAGAGAAGUGGUCGUUGAGUGGGGUGCAGCUCGAGGAAUUCAAAGAGGCAGCGUCGGUGCGAUCUAGAAGGUUGGUGGAUGUCACGAGGGACUUGUCAGCGGCAACCACGAGAAAGCUAAAGGCGUGCAAGGCCAUAGCGGCGUGGGAGGACAACGUUCCAUCCAAUAAGGAACACUUAGUGGAUAGGCACGACAAACUUACGAACGCCAUCGCGAACCUUUCAUACAAGUAUCAAAAGGAUGUGGGAGAGCUGACCUAUCGCGUUGCGCAGGAAGCAAAACGAUGCGGCUUCGAGAUACUGGAGGUGCAAAGAGAGGGACCCACUCCGUUCGCGAUGUUGACUCACCCGCACCUACGCACCAUCGACAAUAAACCUGUCCCAGUAAGGAUCGACAUCAACAACCAUCACGCCGUCUUCACUUCACGAUUUGUCAGAACCUACGUUGACAUGGACCCCCGUGUGGAAUACUUCUUGCGCUUCAUUCGGCUGUGGGGAGGAUGCCGCGGUGUUUGUUCCCAACAGGGCGCGCUGGGCUUCUACUCCCAUACCGUAUUAGCCCUCCACUACCUCGCAGCCGCGGGGUACGUACCCUCGAUUUUACCGGACCACGGGAAGACGUCUACCCCAGAUCAAGCUUACGGUAGACUUGGGUCUAGGAAACUCCACGCCUACAACAGGCCGAGCAAGGGAACGUUCGUGGAUGGCGUCGACUAUCACUUUUUCAAACAUGUUGACGCAGUGAAUAUGCCCGCCGAGGUUGACCUCGUCAUGAAAACAAACGUACUGGAGAGAAACGUGCGCAAGAAGCUGGACCCCCGAUCCAAUAAGCAAGAGGCAUGUGAAGAGGAAGAGGAGGAAGACGAGGAGGAAGUGGAAGAGGCAGAGCAAGAGCAAGAGGAUGAAGAGGAAGGAGAAGAGGUCGAGGAACACGGAGAUGGAGAGGAAGAAGUGAUCGGCUGGGAGUCAGACGUCGUAGUGAUUGGCUCAGAGGUGCUCAAUUCACCACAGCUUGGUGUUUCUUCCUCUUUCGGAAUACGGUCGGCGGAGAUUGGACAGAAGGAUGUUUCCGAUCGACGCUCACCGGCAGCGAAAGGGACCGGCGGAGUUAUGGCUGCGGUCAAGACCAGACCAGAAGAAGGCAGCACAGGAAUCCAAGACGAGGAAGCGAAAUAUCACAACGGGGACACGUUUGAAAGCGGCUCAACCAAUGGGAGAUCAUCCGCAGCGGAGGACGGAGACUGUCACGGCGAUGCGUCAUCGUUGCCACCGGAAUCGUCGACGCGCUGUCGGCAAGUAUUGGGCUGGUCUGAUCUCCUGAUCGUCGAUAUUAUCUUGGGAUAUUUCCGCUACUAUGCGCACAAACGACGUGGCUACGUUGGGCGGACGUUCAAUCAUCACAGCCAGGUGGCUUCGUUGCGGCCGGCGAUGGUCUUGCCCAAAGCCGUCUGGAAAGGCCAGACACCGGGGUGGCGCACGAGCGUCGAAGAUGCCUUCAAGACGUACGAUGGGCGCUGCGCGCUUGACCUUGGCAACGAGCUCGACAUCGAUAGCCAGUCACGACUGCAGAAUGAGUGGAAUAGGGGGGUUGCGUGCGUGGAGAGAGGGCUGGAGGUGGACGUCUGCAGUCUCCUACAGCCCACGGAUGCGGACGAUCUAGACCGGACGGCUUACAACCUCAACAUCGAGCACCCACGCAACGGCGUCUAUGGCACCCCCUCUUUCAAGCGUAUCCGAUCCAAGGAGUGUUCACCAGCCCAUACCCGUGCGAGUUCGCCAUUCAAGCACAAGAAGGCUGGCCGACGAAACCUGGCCAGCAAGAAACGCAUGUCGUCUCGUCACUCGAGGGGCCCAUUCCGCGCCCAGCCCUCACCUAUCUCCCUUUCGGGGAUUGUACCGAAGCGUCGAGGAGUGCCUCAGCGUGGACAGCAGAAGGACAAGAGAAGCACGACGCAGAAAUUUCUUGGAAAAAGUUGA